AUGUUUUAUGAAAAGCUUUAUUGGGUGCAACUGUUCUUAGUAUCUAUUUUAAUUAGUUCUAUUGUAGCAGAAUGGAACACAAGGGAUUACAUAAGACGAGAACAUUCACUCACAAAACCGUACCAAGGAGGUGGGUAUUCGGUGCCUUACUGGGACUUCUUAGGUAACACUAUAGUGACUUCGAACUACGUGAGACUAACUCCGGACCUGCAAUCGAAGUCAGGAGCAAUUUGGAACACAGUUCCAUGUCAAACACGCAACUGGGAGCUGCAAGUUCAAUUCAAGGUCCAUGGUCGUGGCAAGGACCUGUUCGGCGAUGGGUUCGCGAUAUGGUACGUCCGCGACCGUAUGCAGACAGGACCUGUCUUUGGAAGCAAGGACUACUUCCAGGGGCUGGCCAUCAUUCUUGAUACCUACAGCAACCACAAUGGUGCUCAUAAUCACCAGCACCCGUACAUAUCGGCGAUGAUAAACAACGGGUCGCUCCACUACGACCACGACCGCGACGGCACACACACACAGAUCUCCGGCUGCGAGGCCAAGUUCCGCAACUACAACCACGAUACGCACAUCUCUAUUACUUACGUCGAUGAUACGCUUACUGUAUCAACGGACUUAGAAGGCAAGAACGCGUGGAAGGAAUGCUUCAAAGUGGAGAAUGUGUUGCUACCGACUGGAUACUUCUUCGGUGCGUCGGCCACCACCGGGGACCUGAGCGACAACCACGACAUCAUCGCCAUUAAGAUGUUCGAGCUCGACUUGUUAGAGGCUCAAAACAAAGACGAAGACCGUUCCCAAAUCAUUCCCUCGGCGGCAUCAUUCGAGGCUCCUCGCGAGAGGAUCGAGGACACCAAACCAGCAAUGUCAGGAGUUAAAACCUUCCUAUAUAUGAUGGCGAUAGCCAUUGUAAUCAUAGUACUAGUCGUCCUCGGCAUCAUGUACUACCAAAAGCGUCAAGAGCAAAGCCGAAAACGACUUUAUUGA